ACGGCGUCAUUCCACCCCUAACCCUCUAAUAUGCGUGCGCGCACAUAUUGUGACCGGAGAGAGUGUACUGUGUUUUAUUUGAAAAUCAUUUCACGUCCGCCGUUAUGAUGUGAUUUUUGUGAUAGUUUAGUGUAGUGUAAGUUAGUGUUUACGAAAAUGGAUUUGUCCUUGCCGAGGAUUAAGUUUGAGACUGAAGACUAUUUCGAUGACGACUUCGAUUUAGAGGAAACUGUGGGAGAUAGCAGCGCUUGCCGCUCGGCGGUGGCGGUGGCGGGAGCGGCGGCGGGCGCGCGGCAGCGAGCGGCGCUCGGCGGCACGACGACGGCGCACAGCAAGCAGCUGGCGGCGGGCGGGGCCAACCACCCGGCCCAGCCGCAAGGUAACAAACGCUCCGGCUGCGGUGGCGAUGGCGACUACCAGCUGGUGCAGCAUGAGGUGCUCUACUCCUCGUCGAAUAGGUACGAGGUGCUGGAGUUCCUCGGGCGCGGCACCUUCGGCCAGGUGGUGAAGUGCUGGAAGAAGGGCACCAACGAGAUAGUCGCCAUCAAGAUCCUCAAGAACCACCCCAGCUAUGCUCGCCAGGGGCAGAUCGAGGUGUCCAUCCUCUCCCGCUUGUCCCAAGAGUCGGCGGACGAGUUCAACUUCGUCCGCGCGUACGAGUGCUUCCAGCACCGCUCGCACACGUGCCUCGUGUUCGAGAUGCUGGAGCAGAACUUGUACGACUUCCUCAAGCAGAACAAGUUCUCCCCGCUGCCGCUCAAGUACAUCCGCCCCAUCCUGCAGCAGGUGCUCACCGCUCUGCUCAAGCUGAAGCAACUGGGACUGAUCCACGCGGACCUGAAGCCAGAGAACAUAAUGCUGGUGGAGCCCGCGCGGCAGCCCUACCGGGUCAAGGUCAUCGACUUCGGGAGCGCGUCGCACGUCAGCAAGGCCGUCUGCAACACCUACCUGCAGAGCAGAUACUACCGUGCACCGGAGAUAAUCCUGGGGCUGGCGUUCUGCGAGGCGAUCGACAUGUGGUCAUUGGGCUGCGUGGUGGCCGAGCUGUUCCUGGGCUGGCCGCUGUACCCCGGCUCGUCGGAGUACGACCAGAUCCGGUACAUCUCGCAGACGCAGGGCCUGCCCACGGAGCACAUGCUCAACAGCGCAUCGAAGACGGCGAAGUUCUUCUACCGCGACGUGGACAGCACGUACCCGUUCUGGCGGCUCAAGACACCGGAGGAGCACGAGCUGGAGACCGGCAUCAAGAGCAAGGAGGCGAGGAAGUACAUCUUCAACUGCCUCGACGACAUUGGACAAGUAAAUGUACCAACGGAUCUUGAAGGAGGCCAACUGUUGGCAGAGAAAGCAGACCGAAGGGAAUUUAUCGACUUACUGAAGAGAAUGCUUACUAUGGAUCAAGAGCGAAGGAUAACACCAGGCGAAGCUCUAAACCACGCGUUCGUGACGCUCGCGCAUCUGGUCGACUACGCGCACUGCAACAACGUCAAGGCCUCCGUACAAAUGAUGGAGGUAUGUCGUCGCAGUGGCAGCGGGGUCGGUGGCGUGGGCGGUGUCGGAGGCGUGGGCGGUGUGGGCGGCGUGGGCGGCGUGGGCGUGGGCGUCGGCGGCGGCGAGUAUGUGAGCGGCGUGGUCGCGCCCGCGGCUCCGUCCGCCCACCACCUGGCUCUGACUAUAAACCAGCAGAGGUUACGGGCCGCACCUUAUGACAACUUGUACCAGCUGUACAGCGGCGGGCGCGUGGCGGUGGGCGGCGCGCGGCAGUACGCGACGCGCGCGGCGGAGCCUUUUCCGCACCAGUUCGUCUCCUCCAUCCUCUGCCAGCCCGCCUAUCAGGUACAGCAGUUAGCCGCUGCGGCAGCGGCAGCGGCGGCCGCCCACCACCAGCACGGCGUGAGCGGCGUGGGCGUGGGCGGCGUGGGCGUCGGCGUGGGCGUGGGCGACGUGGGCGAGUGGCGCGCGCCGCUCAUCGUGGAGCCCGCGCCGCUGCCCGAGCCCGACGUGUGGGACUUCCAUCCGCACGCACAUCAUCACCAUCCGCAUAAGAGAUCGACAAAGCAACAGACGAGCGCCGUGCCGCACUACCAACCGCAUCACCAGACGCACCAAUACAGUAUGGCAAGCAGUGGCGGUAAGAAGGAGGCGACUACGCAGCUGUCGCCCGUCAAGAAGCGAGUGAAGGAGGGCACGCCGCCCUCCCGACACCGACACCACGAUCACACGGUGCGCAACAACGUGCCGGCGGUGGUCACGGGCGCGGGCGCGGGCGCGUGGGACGCGGGCUGCGGCAGCACCGGCGCGCACACCAUCACCAUCCGCGACACGCCCUCGCCCGCCGUCUCCGUCAUCACCAUCUCCGACUCGGACGACGACGCUGAGCCGCGCCCCAACAGAGGUAGUGGCGAGUGCGCUCCGCCGGCGCACAUGGGCGCCGUGGUGACGAGCGGUACCGUGGCGACGGGCGGCAGCGUGGCGACCGGCGGCGGCGUGAUCUGCAACGCGCGCACGCCGCGCGACGAGCGGCACGUCAAGCACGAGCCGCAUCACCAGCCGUGUCAUCACCACCACGGGCAGCAACAGCAGCAAUUGCAGCAACCAGCGCCGCAGCAAACAGCGCCGCAGCAGGCAGUGCCGCAGCAGGCCGUGCCGCAGCAGCACGCGCCGCGCCAGGCGCCCGCGCCCGCGCAGGCGACGCCGCAGAGCCAGAAGAAGCGGCUGCUGGCGCUGGCGCAGCAGGAGGCGCAGGCCAAGCUCGAGCACCACGACCACGCCGCCGCUGCGCACUACAAUAGCGGUUCAACGGUGCGUCAGACCAACGACUAUCAGUGCAACCAGUACGUGCCCACGCAGCAUAACAAGAGAGAUAGUAGCGGCGGGUGUCGCGAGUACCUGCCCGUGAGCGGCGCCGUGAGCGGAGUCAGCGUGAGCGGCGUGAGCGGCAUGGGCGUGAGCGUGAACGUGGGCCCGCCCGCCGCGCACAAGCACGCGCACGCGUGGCAUCCCCACGCGCACCCGCACGCGCACGCGCAUCCGCACCCGCAUCCGCACUACAAAAGCAGCAGCGGCGUGACGGGCGUGGGCGGCGUGGGCGCCGUUGCGAGCGGCGUGGGCGCCGUGGGCGGCGUGACGGGCGUGUCGGGCGGCGGCGUGCUGUCCCCGGGCGGCGUGUCGCCGGGCUACCUCACCGCGCCGCUGUACGUGCCCACCUACCACUACCACACGGGCGGCGUGAGCGGUGUAGGCGGCGUGGGCGCCCCUCCCCCCGCGCACCACGGCAGCGGGGCCCGUCUCCCAGGCUACCUGCAGCCCUACUCCCCCACCUACCUGGUGCCGCAGCACCACCAGCAGCAUCUGUGGUACACGGACUGAGCACCCCGAUCCUACAGCAGACAGAUUACUUGCCACCAAGACAGCUCCGCACCACUGUUGUUGCCAUAUCACCAAUAACUAAGGAAUACUGUGAAGAAAAUUGGGCAAUUCCUUACACAUUGUGAAAAAGCUUUGGGCAACUCGGUACCAUGGUCGUUAACCAACAUUAAGACGCCAAACAUCGUGAAAAAGCAUUGGGCAAUUCCAUACUACUGACGUUAGCAAUCACCAAAUAUUGAGGAAUAUUGUGAAAAACAUUGGGCAAUUUAACCAACAUCAAGAUAAGAGAAACAUCUUGGCAGUAUUGGGCAGUUCCGUUUGUCUUUAAACAGCACCUAGAUCACAGGAAUGUCGUGAAGAACCUUUGCCCAAAUACUGAUUACGUCACGAUAAACUUUGCCCAAUUUGGGAAGACAAUUGGGAGGAAUAUUACACAUGUAUUGUUAUCAUCUCCACAGAAAACCUUUUAGAUUACAUGACAUUAUGUUUAGUUGACAUGUCCAUCACAAAAUCCUCAGUCAAGUUAUACAUAUCAAAAUAAGUUCACCAUAAACAUCUGUCUACUGUAGCGACGAUACGACCACGACACGAGUGCUGUAAAGACUAACGAAAAUGAAAUCGACACAGAAGACAUCGGAUCGGAAUGUGUAAAGUGCUUCAGUAUGUGAAAUAUAGACGUUUCUAGUAUAUAAGAGCACUGGAUGUUAUGUAAAUGCACACACUCGCUGUUUUUAUCGACGUAACCGGGGCACGUAGUAUAUGGUUGGAUAUAUGAACCCUUAUACGUCUGUAAGGACGGCCGAGUGGACCUUCGAGGAACCAAAUCGACCGUUUCUAAUCACACUGCAAUUUUUUUAUUCAAAACUGUGACUAGUGUGUAAUUUGCGCGCGUGUUAUAUAUAUAUAAAGUUCCUUGUGUGCAAAUCGUUGCACGUUUGUGUGUCGGUGACAGAGUUAUUGACUAUGCAUGUGUGCGCGGGCCCUAAGUUGGAAAAACGUCUUUAUUCCAUUGUAAUAGAGUUGUAAAUCAUAUGCGACAAAUUUCUAAACUGAAUAUGUUUUAGAACUUUAUUUCUAUUUCAUUAAGGGCUAUUUUUAAUUGAGGAAAUCUGGCCGCCUAUCCGUGCGUAGUUUGUAGCUCGAUAAGACUUGAUCUCGCCGCAAGUUUAAGGCUCCCAUGAGCUGUGACACCGAUGUGACGUCAUUUGAAAUGUCAAUGGUGACGUCACUGCUGCAGUGUCAUAGAGAAUCGGAGCUUUGUGACGCGUGAAAUGACGUCAUAUGUGUUUAUCUGCGGCUAGAUCGUCGCGUUUUAAUUAUAUAUUUGUAGUUAAAUGAUUUCUGUACAAAUUAGAUGUGAGUUUAGUUUUCACGCACGCGACUCGUUUUUUUAAUAAAUACAUCCCUAUAGUGGAUUUUCUUAAAUUAAUUAUUAAUUAUAUAAAUAAUUAAUUAAUCGUUUAUAUUUUAUUUCGUGUAGCGAACUAAUAUGCUCGCAUAAUGAUUUUUAAUCAUAGGAUUAAUUGAUGUUUUAAAGUUUUCUUUUAAAUAAUAAUCAUUAAACCGAGCGUUUUAUUAUUUUCACAUUUAUUGUAUUCUAUAUACAUAUACAUACGCGAUGUAUGCCGUAGUGUUUAAUAAAUAUAUUAAUAGUGAGAUAUAUACUCAGAGGCACAAUUAUUCGCCCACUUUGAUAUGACACGAGUAUAUAUAUAUAAAGUGGGCGGAUAAUUGUGCUUCUGAGAAUAUUAACGAAUGAUGAAAAAAAAAAGUUUAUUUUACUUGUAUGAUAUAUUUUAGAAUUUAAACUAUCGUGAGUGUUAUUAAAUAUUAAUUGAUUAUGAAACACGACUAAAACUAAGUGAUAUAAGGUCGGAGUAUGCCCGACUAGUUUCGAACCCAUACGGGGCCCUUAGUCAUGAGCUGGUCGUGCCGCGUUGCAAGAACCAGCUUAUGACUUAGAGCCACGUAUGGGUUUCAUUAAUCAAUUAAUAUGAUAUAUUUGAUUGUAAAUUAAUCUUUUUUUAAGUUAAUUACGCUGGCAAUGGAGGCAAGUAGGUGUUGCAUUUACUAAUGUUUUAUCAGUAGAAUAGAAUUUCUACCAAAAUAUUAAAAUGGGAGUUUCUUUUUAAGCGUGUUUUUUUUUUUCAAAUCGAAUGUACUGACGGACGAUCGAAAGGUGUUGAUAUAUAUAAUUAAUUACUAUUAAUUAUUAUUAAUGUAUAGUUUUUGUAGGUUUGUUUUACUAUUUUACGUGACGGUGGUUUUGUCAAUUAAACUUGAUUAUUUCUAUUAAUGUAGUUGUGUGUAAGGAUAACUAAUUUUAGAAUAGAAUCUUUGUCUGCCUUUUGUGUGUUAAUCAACGUGUUUGUGUGAUUUCACGAAAAAAUAUAGCAAAUGUUAAUCGCUGAUAACGUAGCUUUCCAUUGGUGGAAAGUAUUUAUAAAAUCGGUUCAUAAAAAAGCAAACAAAACAUUCAAUAUAUCAUGAUUUAUAUUAGUUUAGAAAAUUGUCAUCUAAUCAAAGCAAAAAAUAUCGUGUGACGAUAUUUAUCAUCGGCCUCUGAAACGGCUCGAGUAAUAUUUUUAAAGUUUUUUUUUUGUUAUAAAUUUGGUGGGUUUUUUUUAAUUUCCUACCCAAUUUGAAAUCUCGAUUUUAUAAAUAAAUUAAUAUACAGAACUAUUGCCUGUUGGUUAUAAUAAAAACAUUCGCUAACUUACAGAUAUAUUACAUGGGGCGACAUUUUCCUGUCUAUUCUAUAAUAGUUAUCCUUAUGUUAGGGAUUUCGCUUUAGGUAUGAGAUUUAUCGAUGUGUUUAUGUUACGUUCCAUAUCACGUAGUCGGUAGGCUGUUUAAUCACACAAAUUAAAAAAAAAACAUGCUGUGUUUAUAUUAUUACCUAAUUAAAUCGUAUUAACUGGAUUUUUGUAGAUACAUAUAUAAAAUAAUAAAUAAUUACGUAAAAGCGUAGGCUGGGUGGCGGACUUGUAUAGAAAUAUUAAACGAAAUAAAAUAAAAAAAUGUGGUUAUUUAAGAGUUUUAUAAAAUAUUAUUAUUAUUAUUAAUUAAAUAAUUAAUAGUACACAAAAAAUAAACAAAUAGGUUUAUGGAGUUUUAUAAUAUAACAAUAGCGUUGUGUGUAAUUUGUGUAUAAUAAUAAUUACGUAUUCACUUUUUUUAGAUAGAGAGGAAUUGUUAUUUAGUUGUUCAUUAGCUAAAGUUUUAUAAAUGCAAAUUAAUUUACUAAUGCGAUUUCUAGUUACUUUGAAUGCCUGUUUACGGUGCCCGCCAUUUUGUAUCGAACGCCUGACCAGUGGCGUGCACAAGGAUUUUAACUAGCGUAUGCACUAUAUGUAUAAAAAUUAGAAAAUUCCUCGUCUGAAAUGUAUUCUGUGGUCAAACAUAGGUUUGUAUUGAGUGCUCAUGGUAGGCAGUGAAUAUUUGCACGCCACUGCGCGUGACGUCAUAAUAUUGAUGAUACAUAUGCGCUUGUUAAGCAAAAAUAGUUUCGAUAGUCAGUACUAACUAAUUAAUACAUAAAAGACAAUGAUUGACGGGAUGUUUGUCAACAAAUAAGGUUUCAAUUUCAAAAUCAAUUAAAAAUCUUUUUUUUUUUUAAUUCUUUUUGGCAAAGCUAUUUGUUAUUUUGUUUGAAGACAAAUCUAAUGCUGUUAUGUAGUUGUUACGUCAUAAUUGUGCAUUUUUUUUAGAAAGUCAAAAUUGACUGACUGAAUUGAAUUGUAUGACUUCUAUAAAAUUCUAUUCUAUUAUUAUUACUCUUAUUAUACAAUUAAAAAAAAGUUGUCGAACAUAAAACGGGCUUAAAGCCAUUUUAAGACCCUGACUCGAUUGGCAUUGUGUUUACAUACUUACGGGGAACUCAGUAAAUAGCGUGAAGAUUUUCAAUAUUAAAACUGUUCUACAUUUACAAAGACAUAGAGCAUAGACAAUAUGCAAACAAUAAUGACUCAUUUCAUUGACAACCCAUGUUCGGCUCACUGGUGAGCACGAGUCUCCUCGUCCACCACGCUGACUCAAUUGGUAGACUUCCUUCACCGUUUGAUAAACGUGAUAAUUAAUUAAUUAAUGUACACAAAUGAAAAAUUAGAGGUGCAUGCCCUAAACCGGAUUCGAAUCUACGCCCUCCGAAUCGAAGGCCAAGAUUAUUUCCACUGGGCUAUGACGAUGUUUAUGACGUGUGAAAUGUCAUAGAAGCUAUUUUUGCUUAACUCACAUAUUUAUAUGUCAAUAAUUAUGACGUCACUUUGAUCGAUAUUUUUGCGAGCAAAUGAAUAAACGUUUAGCGGCACAUUUAUUGAUGUUUGUAUUUUCGCCUAAAUAAAUAAAUAUAAAAUAAUAUUGUUCCAUGCCUGGGUACUCCCAAUAUGCACAUAAACAUAAUCGAUAUUCGACAGGUCCACUUUUAAAUAUUUUCAUUUAAAAUUAAUUCAUUUUAAUUCAUUUUUUUAUUCGUUUUUUUUUCACAUAACCAACACUGUAUUGAUAUGAUAAGUGUAAAAGUAAACAUUUCUACCACAGGGUGUCAGAAUUUGCUUCAAAAUUCAAAUGUAGCUCAACAUAUCAAAUGUAGGUACAUGUAAUAGCAUAUAUGUACUUAUCGCUUUAUAAACGAAAAUUUUUUUAUAAUUUUAUUAUUGAAUGGAAAAAAGCCUCGAUUUUUAAUACAUAAUAUAAUUAAACAGUUUCAAACUACAAUUAUUAAUAUACUUAAUCAGAACCAAUCAAUUAUUGUCAGUCACGUGAAAAUUUGUUUCUGCAUAAAUAAAUAUUGCUGAAAUAUAUAUGAAAUAUUUAUCUAUGGUCAAUAUUCGUUUUCAAAUUAUCUCUUUUAUUUCGUAGUUAUAUAAGUUUUAUUUUGAUGAAACGUUUUAAUCUAUUUAACAAUUUGACGAUUAUUUAAUUGAUUCACAUUUUUAGAUAGCACCAUCUCACUAUUUGUGCAGUUUUUAAAUAUUUUGGAUUUAAUUCUGAAUGGUUACAAUAUAACUACAGAGUAAAAAAAAUCUUCAUAGUAGUCUCCAAAAAUCAAACGUUACCUAUCAACGUGUUGAAAAAAAUCUCUUUUUCCGCAAGUUGGUUAAAUUUUUUAUGGUAAAUAAUACAUUCAAAACACAUUUUAUUUCGUCAUGACAUUAUAGUAAAAUAAUAAUAACACUUGUUUUUAAACCGACUUCAAAAAAGGAGGAGGUUCUCAAGUUGACCGGUAUGUUUUUUUCAUAGCACAUAUUUUCAUAUUUUUGUUGAUUGAAGCAUAUUUUUAAAACCAAUGGUACCGAGAAAUACGAUUCGUUCGCCUUCGAUUUUGAGUCAAUUUAUGCUGUUAAAAUUUUCAUUAUGAUUUAAACUCAAUAACAAUAAUACGUGGAAACUGUAAAAAAACCGUUUUAACCGUCGAAAAUCGUGUUUUGGGAGUCUUUGCCAAAUCCCAAUUAUCUCAAUACAGUUUUGCAAUUUUUUUUGUCGUGAAAUUAGUUCUAAUAAAAACUUUGAGACGCGACUGUAGCGUGGAUCGUGCCUUAUGUAAAUUAUUUUAUCAAUCUACCCUUUUGGAUAAAUAAAAAUCCUACCAAAAGAUUUUUCUCUAUAUAAUUAUGAUGAUAUAUUUAAGUUUUUUUUUUAAUUAUUAACGUGUUUAGUACAUUAGCUUUGCUGCCUGACAAUAAAUAUUAUUAUUUGUAGCAUAGUUUCAUUGAUUUGUAAAUUGUUUUUUCGUAUUUUUAACGUUUCUGUUCACUAUUUUUGUUUAACAAGCAUUGUAUUACGUAUAUGUGAAUUACAGAUAUAUUGAUAUCCCUUUCAUAAUUUUCAGAAAUUUCUACUUUCAGUUCAAUUGGGAUAGAGAUAUUUUGAUUUCUGUUACUAUAGUGUUUUUUUCUAUGCACGUAAUAUUUUUUUAGUUGACACUGAUUUAUUUUCUUUAUAAAUUAGUGAUUCCUUAACUUUCUUUCUUAACACUAAAAUAUUAUAUUCUAUGAGCACUUUACUUGUAUUUCAAUAAUUUCAUUCAUAGUUCCACUUAUUCUGAUACAAUGCUUAUUUUCACAUUUCGUAUUGCGGGAUGCAUCAAUUGUGACCAAAACUUGAAUUUGUUGUGAAUUUUCUAUAUUUAAAACAACAUUUUAAUAAAUCUUUAAACCUCGAGAUAACAAAAUGUUAACCAAACACGCAGAUAAUGUUACGAUUUUUUUUUCUUAAACAGUAAUUUGAAAAAGUUUUACUUAGAUUAAAAGCGUUGAACGAACUGUAAAUGUAGUAGUUUAUUUUAUUUUUCAAAUAUGUAACUCAGAUGCAUCACAUAAUACGGUGACUUAGACACAUGUACUCGUGUAUGUAUUUAGUAGCGAGAUUCCUCUUAGAUGAGUUUAGUCAUUGAUCUCUCAAUAAUAUUAUACCUAUUUACUCAUAGACUCGCCCCAUGCGCCUCGUGAACAGUUCGCUUUUAUUUUUAUCGUGAAAUACGAUGUUUGACUUGUGUGCGACAAUCGCGUUGUGUUGCGACAAACGCGUUGUAUUGCGACAAAUGCGUUCUGUAUACUGUAACGUUGUGAGAAUAAAAGCUAUGGGCUUUUAUGAUAUCUUACUGAUUUUCCGCAUUCUAAGUUUUGUUUGUUUUUUAUCAUAAUACAUUAGAUUUUUCUUCAAUCUUAUUUAAUAAUUUUGCAAAAUAGUACAUUCUUGAAGCGACAUUUUUUUAAAAGAUCCCUUUUUUUAUACCGAGUCAAAUAUAUUAUUUCACGUUCAUUGUAUUAGGAUUAUAAUAAGUAGCAGUUUCACUACGGAUUUUUUGGGGUUUUAAUUUUUAAGUGUAAUAACAAAAGUGGAAUGUUAACAUAAUGUAAUUGUAUAUUUUAUCUUUUCAUAGUUUUUAAAGAUACUGCUGGCUUAUUGGUGUUUAUUAGUCGUGAUUUUAAUUAUUGCCUUACUAUGUUGUAUUAAUUAAUUAUGAAAUGGGGUAUGCAUUCGGGUGUACAUAAAUCUUAAACUGUUUCUCGAUUUUUUUUUAUAUUUGUGGACAAUAGAAUUAGCAGCAUUGUAAUUUAUUUAUUAUUACUAUUUUCUAUUUAACUGAUUCAAUUUAACCAAGAUAUUUGGCCCGGUAAAUCAAUUUAUCAAUACAUCCUAAAUUGUAAGUUCUACAUAAUUAAUUGUGAUUUAUCAAAAAGCUUUAUAGUACCUAUAAUGUAACGUUUGAUUUUUAAAAUUAGAUAAAUUGAAAAAAUAUAUAAUUCGAUAAUGUCGAUCUAAAUAGCACUACAUACAUACAUUAGAAAAAUAGAAAAAAGUAUUAAUGGACACGGUAAAACACCGCAAAUAGACAUGUCCGUGAUUACUGUGAUUUUAUUCGAAGUUAGUCAAAGAAACUGCUUGUAAAUUUGGGUUGAUGCAAUAAAAUUAAAAAAAAAUACGUUCGCAAAAAAAUAAAUGACACCUAAGAGUGUUUGCACAUGUCGAUUUUAUUUCACAGUCGCAUAGGAAAUUGCUACGACACGACAGUCGCGUUGCAAUACUGACUACAUGCGACAGUCGCCACGUGCAAAACCCUUAUGAUGCCCCAAUAUAUGUAUAUUUAGUUUUAGUUGUUUUAAUUAGUUUCACCUAAGUUAACAAAUCCCAUUUUGAAGUUAAAAGUUGACAAUUAUUAAUUAGGGUACUUGACAAUAUGUUUAUUUUUUGGGUGAUUUGUGACAUUGUCUCAUUUGUCUUUUAUUUUAAUUUGAACUAUCCAUCUAUAUGUCAACAAAUCAGGCACAGCAGCAGUCUGAUAAGGACAAUAGUAUUUCAAUUACAUACUUACACUUACAAUUUAGGUAAACAAUGAAGAGAGCUUUUAGUGUAUCUCUCUCAGUGUCAAAUACCGUACAAAGAUUACGGUGAAAACAGAACUGACGUCUCUAAUCAGUAUUGACGUUUCUACCUAAUAUUAAAAUAACAUAAAGCUUUAUUUAUACUCAGUUAUUAUUAAUUUAGUGCGUACAAUAAAGAGCAUAAAUGUAUUAGUUGCAAUAGAAACAUAAUUAAUAUUAGCCAAGUACCCGGAUUAUGAUAUAACGAACGUUUUUAAUGUACAAAUAUCGCUGUUUGUAAGUUGUAUAAUUGUUAUUCUCAAUGUAUAUUCAAACGCUAGGAUUUCUAAUUAUUGAUAGCUUAAGUUUGUUUAUCACACACCCCCCCAACGCACAUUUGGGUUAUAGUUAUUAUUAUCGAUUUCCACUGUGAUUUGUAUGAAACUGAACUGUAAUUUUUAAUUUGAGCCGGUGAAACCAAUAUAAUUUAGGCUUACUGUUUGUUUUUUUCUGAUUUCUUUUAAUUUGUAUAACUGUACGCACUUGUACAAGCUGAAAGCUAACUAUACACGAUAAUGGGUAUAUUAUGUUUUAAUUUAGUGUUUAGGCGCUUGUGUAUGCGAGCUGUUGAACCAUUAACAAUAUUUUUUGGUGAUCAGGGGAUUAAUAGCACUGAUAUUGUUGCUUAAGAUUUUUUUUUCUUCAUUUAUAAUCACAUAGUUAUUAUGAGAGAAAUGUAAAUAAACAUCCAGAUACCCCUUUU